ACAUACAUGUAAGUUUGAGGUCGGUUCAACCUUAGUUGAUCUUUCACCUAUAACCCCUACGCAACAGUAAAAUGGCUGCGUUCAUGCGAGGUAUCGCGAAGGUUUUGUGCGGCCUUUCGCCAUCAAUUUUACACCCAUUUCAACAGUAUCAGAGGUUGAGAGUGUGCCCGUCCCUGUUUGUAACGUUAUGUCAAAGACGCAGUCUUUGCCAAGCAGCAUCACUACAGGAUGGAGAUGCUACUCAGGACACCGAUGUUCUCUCCCGCUAUAAGGACAGACCCUGGGUUUACCUGGAGAGCCAAGAAUACGUAGAGAGGUAUGGAACUGAUCCAGUGUGGGUGGGCUACAGAAGGAACCAUAAAGGAGGCAUCCCUCCACAAAAAACACGCAAGACCUGCAUAAGAGGAGACAAGAUAUGUGGAAACCCCUGCCCAAUUUGCCGGGAUCAAAACAUUGUUAUCCACCAUCAGAAUGUAAAACUGUUGCAGCAGUUCAUCAGCCCCCACACUGGAAUGGUGUAUGAAUCCACUCGAACUGGAGUGUGCGUGAAACAACAGAAAAAGCUCAAUGAUGUGAUCAACAAAGCACGAGACCAUGGGUUGCUCUCCUUCCAGAUUCCAUACGUGGAAUAUUCAGGAGAGGACUAUUCCAAUUUCCAUGAUGCUGUGGGGUGCACGCCACCUCCCACCUCGUUAACCUCGGGUGAUACGUGGUAUAAAUGGUAUAGUGAAAUUACACCUGACGAGGAUCAAGUGGCUAAAGUCAAGAAGACAUACAAGGCUUUCUUGAAGUAAUGGAGACUACAGAUAUUGAGUAUUCUAUUAUAUGGAACAAUAAACAUGUUUAAAUAUUAAAACUCAA